AUGGUGGCUGCCCAGGGCAUGGCCUCUGGCAUAACGGACCUGCCUCUCCCCACCCACCUGCCAAGUUCUGCUUCCCGGCUCGCCAAGGUCUACUCCGACUGCAAGUCCCACAACCCAAACACGCCCAGGCUUCGAUCCACCCCAGAAGAAAUAGAAAGACUGACGGUUGACGAGGACCUCGGGGACAUCGAAAGGGCUGUUUAUCUGCUCAGUGCUGGUCAAGAUAUCCAGGGAACAAGUGUGAUUGCAAAUCUCCCGUUUUUGAUGCGACAGAAUCCUGCUGAGACACUUCGGAGAGUCUUGCCAAAAGUUAGAGAAGUCCUGCAUGUUGCAGGUGUGGAAAUGCAGUUAACAGCUGCAGUAUCAUUUUUGACCAUUCUACAUGAAGAAUCAGUGUCAAUUCAUACGUAUGCUCACUCCUUCCUCCAAAUCAUUCUACUGCAUCUGGAGCACAGGGAUGCAGGCGUCAGCAAUGCAUGGCUGGAAACUCUUCUGUCUGUGGUGGAAGUGUUGCCCACAGAAACCCUAAGGCAUGAGAUUUUGAAUCCACUUGUUUCCAAGGCACAACUUUCCCAAACUGUCCAGUCUCGUUUAGUUAGUUGUAAAAUUUUAGGAAAAUUGACCAACAAAUUUGAUGCCCAUACCAUUAAAAGAGAAAUACUUCCUUUGGUAAAAUCACUCUGUCAAGAUGUAGAAUAUGAAGUUCGAUCUUGCAUGUGUCGGCAAUUAGAAAAUAUAGCUCAGGGCAUUGGGACAGACCUUACAAAAAGUGUGGUGCUCCCUGAAUUAAUAGAACUCUCCAGGGAUGAAGGCUGCAGUGUGAGGCUUGCAGCAUUUGAAACUUUGGUCAAUCUGCUUGACAUAUUUGAUACAGAUGAUAGAAGUCAAACUAUACUUCCCUUAGUGAAAUCAUUUUGUGAAAAAUCUUUCAAAGCAGAUGAAUCAAUUCUUAUUUCCUUAUCUUUCCAUUUAGGAAAACUAUGCCAUGGACUAUACGGAAUUUUUACUCCAGAUCAACACUUGAGAUUUUUGGAGUUUUAUAAGAAACUUUGUACAUUAGGUUUGCAGCAAGAAAAUGGACAUAAUGAAAACCAGAUUCCACCCCAAAUCUUAGAGCAGGAGAAGAAAUAUACUUCAGUACGGAAGAACUGUGCUUAUAACCUUCCGGCCAUGAUUGUUUUUGUUGACCCUAAAAAUUUCCAAUUGGAACUCUAUUCUACAUUCUUUUGCCUUUGUCAUGACCCUGAGGUACCCGUCAGAUACACUAUUGCCAUUUGCUUUUAUGAAGUGUCUAAACUUCUGAAUUCUGGAGUAUAUUUAAUACACAAAGAACUAAUAACAUUAUUACAAGAUGAAUCACUGGAGGUACUAGAUGCUCUUAUAGAUCAUCUUCCAGAAAUCCUGGAACUUAUGUCUAUGGGUGGAGAAAGCAGUAUUCAAGAAAAUAAGCUGCCAUCCCUGCCUGACUUGAUUCCAGCACUCACGGCUGCUGAACAGCGAGCUGCAGCCUCUUUAAAAUGGAGAACCCAUGAGAAGCUGCUGCAGAAAUAUGCCUGUCUGCCACACAUCAUAUCAAGUGACCAGAUUUAUUAUCGUUUCUUACAAAGAAUGUUCACAAUCAUGAUGACAAAUAAAGUCUUACCUGUCCAAAAGGCAGCUUCACGAACUUUAUGCAUUUUUCUACGUUAUAAUCGUAAACAAGAACAGAGACUUGAGGUCAUUCAAAAAUUAAUUGAACAACUGGGCCAAGGAAAAAGUUAUUGGAAUAGACUUCGAUUUUUGGAUACCUGUGAAUUUAUUAUAGAGCUCUUUUCCAAAUCAUUUUUCUGUAAAUAUUUCUUUCUACCUGCUAUUGAACUGACACAUGAUCCAGUAGCAAAUGUGAGAAUGAAACUUUGCUACUUGUUGCCCAAAGUGAAAUCUACUCUGAAGAUCCCUGAAGAUAAACAUCUACUUCAACAGUUAGAAAUGUGCGUGAGAAAACUUCUAUGUCAAGAAAAAGAUAAAGAUGUUCUGGCUAUUGUAAAAAGAACUGUGUUAGAGUUGGACAGAAUGGAAAUGUCUAUGGAUGCUUUUCAGAACAAGUUUUAUGAGAAAGAUUUGUUGGAUCAAGAGAAAGAAAGAGAGGAACUGCUUCUUUUGGAAAUGGAACAAUUAGAGAAAGAGAAGCAACAAGAGGGGAGGCCCGUGAAUGAAAAAACCUUUGAAAAGAAACGCAGAGACAUCAAGACACCAACAGCUCUGCCCAAGAGCAUCCCCAUUGCUGUUCCUGGGCCCUCUUCCAGCACCCCGUCAGCAAGCAAAGAAAUCAAGAAAUCCAAAUUGAUUCGAAGCCAGUCCAUUAAUAAUCAAGCUUUUCAUGCAAAAUAUGGCAACUUAGACAAGUGUGCUAGUAAAACUUCUACAGCAGCAUAUACACCUUCUGCCUCAGGGUUAGCAAAGACUUCUAUGAUUUCACUAACUGAUGACUCAUUCCGGACUCGUAAUGCCACUAGUCUUCCUCCGUCCUUUUCUCCUAACACUCCCCUCCCCAGCACCUCCCGUGGGACAGGGAACUCAGUUGAUCCAAAGAGCAGUGGAGGUAAAGAUCUGCCACCACGUAAGGCCACCUUAAAAUCCAGAAAAUCCAAUCCUUAAAUCAUCUGCUUGAUGAAGGAGGCAAAACAAAGACACCUGGAGAUAAUGUGAUUGAUGGACAAAAGCUAAAGCAAUGGCUGGGGCUCCUUUUUUUUUUUUUUUAAAUUAAUGGAAAGAGAUACAUUAGGGCAGCUGAUGUUGCUAAAAGCCCCAUAUUUGAAAUUAGAUUCCGUAGGAGGCAUAAUAUAUAUAUUUCUUAAAUAAUAAUGUGGUUGCAGAAUUCCAAUGUUACAGUGAAGUGUAAUGAAAAACAUCUUUAGUAUGUGCUUUACCAACUGCUGCAGAAGAGACACGGCUGAAUCUAUUUGUGCAGGAAACCAUCCGUUUACUUGUUCUUGAGCUUUAGCAUUUAAACCUAUACGAAAGCCCACAUCCACUGCAAAUGCCCUGCUAGAGAAUCACUUGGAGGGGCCUGGGAGUCAAUUAGGAAGGCAUUGUUUCUCACGAAUCUCCAAGCCCAACAACCACACUGAAAAGGGCACAAACAGCAGUCUACUAUGUUAUCAGUCUGACUGUGGUGACCAUGUGGCGUACCCGGAUAUUCUGAAACUUAAAUUUGGCAAUGGAAAUUCCACGAAGAUUUCUCAUAACUUUUAGCCACAAUUACCUUAAAAAUAA